AUGUCCGAAUUUAAGGUUAAAACUGGGUUAGCUCAAAUGCUAAAGGGUGGUGUGAUUAUGGAUGUGGUCAACGCUGAACAAGCAAUUAUCGCCGAGARAGCAGGYGCAUGUGCCGUGAUGGCGCUGGAGCGUAUUCCAGCCGACAUGCGUAAAUCCGGUCAAGUGUGUCGUAUGUCAGAUCCACACAUGAUCAAGGAAAUCAUGGCCGCAGUGUCCAUUCCAGUGAUGGCAAAAGUUCGUAUUGGGCACUUUGUUGARGCACAAAUCCUGGAAGCGCUACAGGUGGACUAUAUCGACGAAAGUGAGGUCUUGACCCCAGCUGACUGGUCUAAUCAUAUCGAGAAGAACAGCUUCCAGGUCCCAUUUGUUUGCGGUGCCAAAGAUUUGGGUGAGGCAUUGAGAAGAAUAAACGAAGGCGCUGCGAUGAUCCGUACUAAAGGUGAAGCUGGUACUGGUGAUGUGUCCGAAGCCGUGAAGCACAUCAACAAGAUCAGGGGUGAGAUCCAGCUAUAUAAAGAGACCUUGACUAAGGAGUCAGAUCUUGCCGCAAAAGCAUCGGAACUAAGAGUGCCAGUCGAACUAUUGAAGACCACRAUUGAGAACGGCAAGUUACCCGUAGUUAAUUUCGCUGCCGGUGGUGUUGCUACGCCWGCAGACGCUGCUCUGCUGAUGCAGCUAGGCUGCGAGGGUGUUUUCGUUGGCUCAGGUAUCUUCAAGUCUUCAAACCCUGAUAAGUUGGCCCGCGCCAUUGUGGAAGCCACCACUCACUACGACAACCCAAAAAAACUGUUAGAAGUAUCCAGCGACUUGGGUGAUUUGAUGGGUGGUAUUUCCAUCCAAUCGAUCAACGAGGCAGCCAACAAAAACGGCACAAGACUUUCUGAAAUCGGAUGGUAG